UUUUAUUUCAUAAAUGUGUAAACAAAUCAAAGCAGUAAAGAAGAUCUCAGCUCCAAAAAGAUUGAUGAUCCCUGGUUUAAAAGUCACUGAAACAACAAUUCAUCUUAUACUAGCUUUUCAUAUUUAUCUUAUUUUUCCCCUUCAACGUCGUUGUAAUUAAAUGUUUUAGCUACAUUUUAUUUUGAAUUUUCACUUAUACUGUUCAUCCAGAAUUUUCCAUUUGUAGGAGUUUCUGAAUGGGAGUGGAAUCUUGUACAAGCAUUUUGGCUUUCAUUCCCUCCUUGCACUGUUGUUAAAUUGUGCUAAACAAACAAACAAACAAACGAACUUGAAGCUUGUCUGUUUUUGGAAGUGACUUCAAGUUGCUGUUUUUUAUUUUCUUGAAUUACUUGAGGGUGGUCUAUUGUUGGGCCUGGGGGGUCCAAAGGUGACUGUGUCAACUGUUCCUUUGUUCUGUGUGUGUGUGUUUUGUGAGCAAGUUGAUGGUUGACCGAUUAGUUACGUCAUGCAACAUGAUGCGAAAGCUGCCAAAGGUCUCGAGACAGGCGUCAAGACGACGACCAAUUGGACAAGCUCUGACUCCCAAAGGAGAAAGUCCCAAGGUGAGGUGGCGAGAGUGCAACUCGGCACAUUGGCUCAACUAGUCAUCAACUAUUUGGACUGCACUCAAUAUCAAAGAGGUACAAGACAGGAAAAACAGCCAUGUUGGGAGGAGGCGUCAACGUGGGCCGGCGGCGCAACUUGCGCGGGCUCUUGCUGUUUAUCGGGCGGGGGCCUCCAUCUCUGCCUGCCUGCAGACGCCAUCACCCAGCAGGAGGAAGGAGGAGCAGCAAAUACAGAGCGGCUAUGGAAGUUCACGGGGCACACAUGAGCGCACCUGACAUCAACAACAUCCUCAAGGCCAACGAAUACAGCCAAGUCCUGCCGCGAGGCCCCGCCUCCCACGGCGCACUGUCCUUCCAUAGCAACACGCUGGCGUCCAACCAGCCGGGCGAGGACUGCCGCAGCAGCGCCACCUGCCUGUGGGAGGGCGGCGGCGUCCUGUUCGGCGUCUUUGACGGUCACGGGGGCCCGGCGUGUGCGCGCGCCGUCAGCCGCCGUCUGUUCUACUACAUCGCUGUGGCCACGCUGCCCCUGGCCGCGCUUGCCGAGUUGGAGCGGGCAGUGGACGAGGGCCGCGCCGUGCCCCCCCUGCUCGAGUGGCUCAAACACCCCCGGGACCACCGGGGACCCGACGGCGGCCGCGUCGCCUUCCAAAGUCUGCGCAACUACUGGCAGGAGAGGCUGGACGGGGACGACGACGACGAUGACGACCAGCAGGACGACAGCAUGCUCAGUUGUGCGCUGGAGAACGCUUUUCGUCGCCUUGACUACGAUCUGUCCGUGGAAGCUCAGGUGCACGCGUCGGCAUGCUCUCAAAGAGGCCGGUCUCCAGCCGAGAAAUCGAACGAGCCCUCCCCGCUGCGGGUGGCGCUAUCCGGCUGCACAGCGUGUGUGGCGCACGUGCAGGACGGCAUCCUGCAUGUUGCCAAUCUCGGGGACAGCCGGGCCGUCCUGGGCGUGCAGGAAGCAGAUGGACGCUGGACGGCUGUCGGUCUGACCAACGAUCACACCGCCGACAACCCAGAUGAGCUGCAAAGGGUCCUGGGAGCUCACCCGCCAUCCGAGCGCCGGACGGCAGUGCGGCAUCACCGCCUGCUGGGCUUGCUGUUGCCGUUCCGGGCCUUUGGGGACGUCCGCUUCAAGUGGCGUCCAGAGACCCUAGCUCGACUGUACGAGACGCGGCCCGACCUCCGCGAGGGGGCCCGCGCCCUACCACCGCCACCCCACUACUUGACCCCGCCUUACCUGAGCGCCGAGCCGGAGGUCACACGACGCCGUAUCUUGCCGUCUGACAAGUUUGUGGUUCUGGCAAGUGAUGGACUUUGGGAGCUGAUGCACCGACACACCGCCGUACAAAGGCUGGCGGAACACCUCAAAGACCUCCGGGAGCAGAAGCCCAUCAUCGCCAGCGCGGGCACGACCCUGGCUGACCUACGGCGCCUCCUCCUGGAGAGGAGGGGAAGGGUGCGGUCGGUCCCGGAGGACCACAACGCUGCAACCCACCUUCUGCGUCACGCCUUGGGGGAUGACGGCUACGGGGGUGUGGCCACAUCUCGCCUUUCCAAGAUGCUCAGUCUGCCCCCUGAGGUGGCCAGGAGGUACCGCGAUGACAUCACCAUCACCGUCAUACACCUGAACGAACCCCACCUCUGACCUAUCAACUCCCAACAGAAACAACGGUCCGUGUACACACAGGUGCAUGUGUGUAUUUACUACUGUGUAGCCCACAUUUAAACAGCUUGAAAGCAUGUAAUGUCCCCCCCCCCAAAAAAAAAGACUUGUUUAUGACUUGAAAAUAAAGUUUAAUCAAGGAUUUUAUUAGAAAACCAAGACAAAUGUUUGACGUCAAUGAUAGGGCCUCCUCGCAGCUCACAGAGCUCACUCAUUGGACAGCACGGGUCCGCGCUCGAUGGAGGCCACCCCCUCGACAUUUUCAACACGACAGAAAGUCAACAGGAAGUAGCUUAC